AUGUUUCUCUACCCAUUUGCUGAUUCUACAACUAGGCCACAUAUUCGAAAGCGACGCCGGAAGGUAGAGUCUUCGGAGUAUCGUCGUUCUGAAAGAGUAUCCAUAGCGCCGCUGGCCACUAUCUACCCGUCUAAAUCUCCUUCUCGAGUAACGGGGAUUGACUCUACUGGUUCACCAGGACUACCCAAGCCAAGUGAAUCAAGCUAUGCAAGUCCGUCUGGUAGUUAUCUUGGCAGAAGCGAGUAUAUUUCUAGUAUUGUGCCAAUUGACGAAGAAGAUGCGCGGAAGUACCGCGUGGUGCGUGAUGACCACCCCUCAGAACCGUAUCAAAGGUUCCUUAAUGAACUUCGAGCUUUUGAUCUCCCUCCUCGUUCCGUACGGGACAGUUUGAUUGCGAAUUUUCUCGAAAGAUGCCACCCAUGGAUGCCCAUAGUGGACAACAUAGCCAUUGAGCGGGAUGAUCAUCAGUCCGAAACGUCUAUGCUGCUUUUACAAGCUAUAUUUGUUGCCGGUAGCAAAGUGUCUACAGCGCCGCAGGCUCAGAGUGUUGGAGAGGAAUUUUAUCGGCGUGCAAAGGCCUUAUAUUACUCUGAUUUCGAAAAGGAUCCGCUGGUCGUUAUUCAAGCUAUAUGCCUUUUACAGUGGUGGAACCCGAGCGGUGCUGAACAUAUCUCUCGAGAUGCAAGCACGUUUUGGCUUCACAUGGGCGUUGCUCUGGCUCACCAGAUCGGGCUUCAUCGUGAUCCCUCGCCUAGUCAGCCGAAUGUCGGUUUCCGUCGAAGGCUAUGGUGGACACUUUUUACCCGGGAUUGCAUGAUAUCGGCAAGCCAUGGCCGCCCAAGAGCCAUUUCUAAAAAGGAUUUCGACGUUCGUCCACCAACACUCGAGGAUUUCCCUGGUAACCAAGAGGAUGCACGUCUCUUCAUAACCUACGUAGAAAUAUCUUCCAUCCUUGGUGAUCUGACGGAGCAUUCUUUUCGUGGUACUCUUGGUCGUUCAAGCCGUACGUCUAUUGAGCACAGGCUUUUCCGUUGGAUGAGCGAGCUCCCACCCCAAUUCCAUUUGCAUGACCGGAAAACGGGUCAGCUCCGUCCGUAUAAUUUCAAGGCGCGGCAAUUACAUAUCCCUUAUUUCACGGCGCUUUCGAUACUUUUCCGACCCACUGUUAUGGAUACUCCUCCAGCUGUGGCUCCGGUUUUGUCUUCUUCUUUUGUGGUGGGCAUAUACGAGGACUUUUUAGCACGAGGAGAAGUACCCCUUUUAGCCCCUGUAUUCAUAUUCCAUCUACUCGCCGCUGCCCUUGCCGAAGUAGCUUGUCAUAACUAUCCGCUACUAUGGGCCAAAACCGAAAAAGAGUUUGAUGUUAUAAAUCAGGUGUUGGAUGAAUUUGCUCAUAGGUUCCCGUCAGCACUUGGAGCCCAGAGAGUUGUGAGAGGAGUUACAGCGGCUAUCCAAAAGCAGCAAUCGCAGCGUCCCUCAUUCGAGAUAUCUGUCUCGGAACGACAGUUUCAAUUCUUCAAUUUCUUCGGGCCCGACCUCUGCUCGAAAUGGGACCUUGUGUAUGGGCUUAGACACGGCUCUCAGCGAAAGAAUACGAUGUCAGAGGAAUCGCCACCACCACUCGCUGCUGCAGCCAGUACGCAAAAUGAAAAUAGAGAACAUGAUAUGAACGCAGAUGAUUUUCCUGUUACCGGGCUGGUCAGUUUACACGAUUCAAAGAACUCUCCUACCACUCCUUUUCCUUCAGCGACACAGCCUCUAUCUGGGAGUGAGCCUGGCUAUAUGACAAGCGACGAUUCACGGACACUCUCGAUGGAUCCCCCAGGCCUUUCAUUUUCCACCAGUAGACUGAUUGACCCGGUGGGGAAUUGGAUGUUGAAUGAUUGGAUGACAGAUUUAACUUACUGGGAUUCCAUACCGAAUGAUUCAUAG